UAGGCGGGGGCAGAGGGCGCGGUCGGGCGGACUUGUUGUUAGGAGCAGAUGAUAUGCAGCAGAGCGGUUGCUAGGGUCACAGAAUCAGUAGGCGUUCCCUAAGCAUGGGGGCGUGUCCAAUUACCCGGCAGGUGUAUGGAUGGGCGGGGCGCCCCGGUGAAGUGGUUGUUCCAGUCUCACUUCUGUCGUUGUCACCUGUGUCUUCCGCCGGAACAGAAAUGAUUCGAUUCCUCCUUCUGUUCAGCCGGCAAGGGAAGUUAAGACUGCAGAAAUGGUAUGUAACGCUGACGGAGAAGGAAAAACGCAAGAUAACCCGGGAGUUGAUGCACAUAAUUCUUGCUCGGAGUCCUAGGACAAGCAGCUUUGUGGACUGGAAGGACUUAAAACUUGUAUACAAGAGGUAUGCCAGUCUGUACUUCUGCUGUGCCAUAGAAGAUCAUGAUAAUGAGCUGCUGACGCUGGAGAUCGUUCAUAGACUUGUGGAGCUACUGGAUAAAUACUUUGGAAAUGUUUGUGAGCUGGACAUCAUUUUUAACUUUGAAAAAGCAUAUUUCAUACUGGAUGAGUUUCUCAUGGGGGGUGAAAUUCAGGAGACCUCCAAGGAGUCUGUGGUGAGGGCCAUUGAGGAUUCGGAUAUGUUACAAGAGACCAUGGAAGAGUACAUGAACAAACCUACAUUUUAAGUGACAAAUCUGAAGAUCUGUCCACUGGACAAGAAGAAAUGUUUGAUUUGGCAGAAGGCAGAAGACAUGGCCACUGCAUUGUAGAGACAAGAGGGCACCGCUGGGCGGUCUUCCUACCAUCCUGCAAUCGGGCAGAAUAAAAAUCAAGUGCAACAGGAUACCAACACUACCUUACUAAACCCUUUUGCGGCUGUAUGGACCUAGAUGUAAGCAAAGUGAAUGCACAUAUGCAAAGGAAACCUUGCUUUUUAAUGAAGAAAUAAAAUAUUUUUAUAUGUAUAUUUUGGCUCUUGUAAUUACAAAAAUGACUGCUGGAAUAUGCCAACCAAAGCAAGGACUUAAGCAAAUGAUUUUUUAUAUCUUUUCAUGUAUUUAUAUAUCUGGUGUGAAUUAACAUAUUGGGGCAGGUUUGCUGCCAUAACAACCAGUCAAAGCUCAGCUUUUAUAUUUCGAGAGCGCUUUGAUUGGUUGCUAUACUGAAGAAACAUAGUUCAUAAAUCUGCCCAGCAAAUCUGGUCUUGUUGACCCUAGCAACCCAUCAUGGUAAACUUUGAUUAUUCCUUAGCAGUUUAAGAAAUGAAUGCUGAGAUUGGAUUGCUGUGGCCAGUUAUUCUGUUUAUAAAUAUUAUUGUAGAUCCUUAAAAAAAAAAUCACACAAAUAUCUCGAAUAAAUGGUAAAGGUUAUCACUUGAUCAUGGUGUUUUGCAACAUUAGAUUUUUUGUUAGCUUUUUUAUUAUUUUUUAUUAUUUUAGUGUUAUAGGUCCUUUUAAAGCACAAACUGUUUAGAUCUGUCUAUGGAUAUAUGCAUCUAUCUAUUUGUCUGACCUUACCUUGAACAUCAAUGUGUGCAUCUUCCUAUGGACACCUGUAUAGGGAAAAGCAAAUAGUAUAAAGGGGUGGAACCUGAAGUGUUUACUGCCAUAAAGAAGAUUGUGCAUUGGCGAUAAAAGCCACACACUUAAAAUGAAAACCACACUGUGACUGCAUGGAGAAAAAAACCUUUACGUAGGCAAA